CAGAUCAAAGCAGGCUGAGAGGAGGUGAAAGAAAAUGUCGACUUCAGGAUAUUGCGCUAAAAUCCGCAGGAUCCGCUGCUUUAAACCCUGAUCCCGGAGCAGCUGAGAGUAGCGCGGGCUGUGAGGAUGGAUGUGAUGCGUGUGUGUGGAUGAUGUGUGCGCAGCAGGGAUUAAUCCAUCUGGGCUGCGAGCGGACACACUCAGGGAGAAACAGCAUCGCAGCUUGCCUCUGAAUAUUCCCGAAUAAGAGGAGCAGAGGAGAGGAGGAGGAGGAGGAGAGCUGCAGGAGUGAAGGGCGCCACCAUCGCAUGUCUGCAUGGCUGCUCCGUCCUCCUGAUUGACCGGCCCGCUUCAGGACCGUCAAGCCAAACCCACCGCCCGGUGUGAGGACCGGGGGAGGCGAUAUAAAGCCCGCAGCAGCAGCAGCAGCAGCAACAGCCUGUCAGCGGGUUUCUGUCAGCAGAUCAUCAUCCUCCUCUCUGCUUUUGGAUUUACAUAUUUUUUGUGUUGUCAGGACAGCAGUGAGCAGGAGCAGCCAUGUCUCACGGAUGGGGAUACGGACCAACAAACGGACCUGACAAAUGGGGAGAAGAUUAUCCUGUCGCUAACGGGCCCAGGCAGUCUCCCAUCAACAUCGUCCCCAAGGAGGCCCAGUUUGACCCCUCUCUGAAGGCUCUGAAACUCAAGUAUGACCCCUCCGAUGCCAACGGCAUCCUCAACAACGGACACUCCUUCCAGGUGGACUUUGUGGACGACACAGACAGUUCCACCCUGACUGGAGGUCCUAUUUCUGGAACGUACCGUUUGAAGCAGUUUCAUUUCCACUGGGGAGCCAGUGAUGAGAGAGGCUCUGAACACACUGUCAACGGCAUCAAGUUCCCCUGUGAGCUUCACCUGGUGCACUGGAACACCAAAUACCCGAGCUUUAAAGAGGCAGCCAGCCAGCCUGACGGACUCGCUGUGGUUGGGGUCUUUCUCAAGAUUGGUGCUGCCAAUCCCAGACUUCAGAAAGUUCUGGAUGCCUUGGAUGCUAUCCAGACCAAGGGAAAGCAGAGCGCCUUCAGUAACUUUGAUGCAAAGACUCUCCUCCCUCCUUCUCUGGAUUACUGGACCUACGAUGGCUCUCUGACCACACCUCCCCUGUUGGAGAGUGUCACCUGGAUCGUCCUCAAGGAGCCAAUCUGUGUCAGCCCUGCACAGAUGGCCAGAUUCCGUGGCCUCCUCUUCACAGGAGAGGGAGAAGUCCCAUGCUGCAUGGCGGACAACUUCCGACCUCCUCAGCCUCUGAAGAGCCGUCAGGUCCGCGCUUCCUUCAAAUAAACCCUGCGCCAUCUUCAUAGCUUCUUUGCCCUCUUGCUUAUCCUUCUUUCCCUUACUGAACCUUCUUACUCCUAUUUUUCUCCACAUGCAGUCUUUACUUAGCUUAUAUUAGCCCUUUUGAAAUCAACUUGAAAAUUAGAAUACCAUAUGAUGUAGACUACCUGGAUGUAUCUUGAGCAAAAGAAAAGAGCUUUGGGAUUUACACAUUAGCACAUUGACCCCAUUUACACUUGUUAGUUCAAGGAUCUAAUUUCCAGCAGAUUACAAUACGUUUUAGGACGAUGGUACAACUAAAGUUGUUUGGUAACUGCCAGUAACGUUAGAAGAAGAAUGAAUUCUAUGUUUGUUUAGUGCAUUGUUAGUUCACUGAUGUAUAAAGAGAACUGAAGACAGCAAUGGAGGCUCUGCCCUGUCCAUUCCAGAUUUCAGUGGUGUAUAAAGCAAAAAGGUUCCGCUUCUAGAUACCUGUACCAUUACCCGUGUCCUCCACAUCGUUGAGGCCGUAGAACAAUUGUGCUGGAGCCGAGCGGCUAACUUCCACUUUAGCCCUCCGCUAACUUGAAUGGGGAUAAAAUGAUUUUAUCAUUUGGCUCUUCUAGAUUUUGGCAAUGUUAUCAAACUAACUGGAUCAAAUCUCAAACAUAAAAUGAGUCAUUUUGCAGGAGUUGUGACGCUCCCCAUGUUACUCUAUGGGAAAAAUCUUUUUGGGCCCACUGGCAUCACAUAGUUACAUGAUUUGGCCACUAUGUCAAAUUGGCAUCAAAGACCUAGGGGCUUGCUUUAGUUACAACAAGAACUGGUUUAGCUAGCAUAAGCUAAAUGGUAUCCAUAAGUGAGCACAAGCAUGUUAAUGAAUAGUAUAGUAUAAUAGUAUUUAUGAAAACUAGGCAAGACAAAAAAAUGUAAGGUAGUUUUCACAGCUCCAAGUCAUGUUAGCUCAGUGCUCUGAUAGGAGCUAUUUUUCUGAUUACUUUCAUGAGACAGAAAACAGCUAAUCUUUGUGUUAUUUUAGUGUAAUUUCAUCUACUAUUAUCACAAGAACAAAGAAAACAGACCAUGGCUAUUAAGAAAAUCAGACAGAGAGCGCUAUCUCUACAGACUGCUUACAGACAAACUAUAGGGGAAGUAAAGAUUACAUAUGUGUCUUUGAGAGACAGAUGCAUGCCAAGUGUAAAUGGGGUCAUAGAUUGUGCACGCAUUAACAUUAUACACAUGUUUUCCACUUGGUCAAACACUGACUUGGUACAGACACAGGUAGCCCAAGAAAAUUAGAAUAUAUUAGCUAACAGGUACCAAGGGACUAAUAAUACUGAAAUGGUCACAAUAAUAACAAUGGGAAAUGGAUUCUAGCCCCUGAGCUCCUCAUUUUGUUUGUAACAUUUUAUGCAAUACAUACACUUUUUUUUGCAUCCCUAAACUAAUAUUUGCUUUAUUCUUAUUGAAAGUGUCUAUUGGUGUGCCAAGACAGUGAGCCUUCUCAUAGGCAAAACCUACUGAAAAGUAGUUUUUUUGUGUAUUAUUAUAGAAAAUGUGUAUAAAUAUAAUAAUUCCAUCCACAGCAGUAUACUUUUUGUUAGCAUGAAUGCUUUUAAGUUAAAAAAUAAAUAAAUACAGAUGACAUAGGCAGCUGUAUAUUAUGGGAUGAUGUGAGCUAUAUACUAUAGUUACAGGCAAAAGCAAUCCUGGGCUAUCUAGUGUAUUUAGGUCUAAAUAACAUGCAGGGAUAUUUAUCAAAAAUAAUAAUCCCUCCACACUUUUUUAAAAUAUAUAUUUGCCUUUCUUGAAAAUGAAAGCCUUCAUCAACUUCCUAAAUCUUCUUUCUAUGCAUUUCAUUGUGUUGUGAAUUGUGCCGCAGACAGUGGCUCAGAUUGUUAAAGCUUAUGUUUUUAUUGAUGCCUCAUUGUGUCAGUUUGGGACCAAGUGAUUGACACUUGUGUACAUGUAGCUUUUUAGACUGAAUGAUCACCUCAUGAUGGUAAAGCUAUGGAAUGUUCUGGUAUGUUGUGAAAGACAGUCCCACCACGUAUCGACAGAUGGUACAGUGUAAAGCCGUGUCCACACAGAUGCGAGUUAAAUGAAAUUUGUGAGUUGUUUUGAAUGUGUAGGACUUCCAUACAUUCUAGAUUAAUGGGGGUCAGAAUAUCACUGAAACAUCUGCAUUAUUGUGGUCAUUGCUCAUCUUAAUUUAUCAGUGGCAGUACAAGUGUUACUCUAUUUUCUACUUUAUAAAAAACAACUGAACUACCUAUCACCACAGUGCAUUAAACAUUGCCUUUAAGACUUGGAGGGAGAUAAAGAACUGACUUAUGACUUAACAUUAACACAAGUUAUAGCAUCAACAUAGGUCAGAGAUUUUUUCAUUAAAUUCCUACAGUUUGUCAGCAAUAUCGUAAGUCACAGAGAUCAAUGGCCGAUAUUCAUAAGAGACCAGUGCAAUGUUACUUUUUAGCUUUUAUACCAGUGUCAAAAAACAAUCAGUUUUCAGAGUGAGGCUAUAAUGAAACAGCUGUAACCCUUUAAAGUGUGUCACUUAAAACUGCUGUCACAUUACAGAUGCAAAAAUACUGUUUUUGUGAAUCUGUCAUGUCAUUAUGGAAAGGAAUUUUAUCAAUAAAAACUCAGAAUUUAC